AUGGCAGUCGGCUUCUUCAACGUCCUCUCGGCCCUCUUCGGCUGGGUGUACACGUUUUGCUGGUCACUGUCCUUCUACCCGCAGCCGCUGCUCAACUUCAGUCGCAAGUCGACGUCCGGCACCACCGUCGACUUUCCGCUCAUCAACUGCCUGGGGUUCCUGUCCUACCUGAUCUCCAACCUCGCCUUCUACUACAGCCCCGUCGUGCGUGACCAGUAUGCCGAGCGACACGAUGGACAUACCCCGGCCGUAGCCUUCAACGACAUCGUCUUUGCGGCGCACGCGCUGCUGCUCUCGGUGAUCACGACAUCGCAAUACUUCCUCCCGGGGGCGUGGGGGUUCACACCAUCGGUGGGCAACCGGCCGAGCCGAUUCAUCACAGGCACGGCGCUGGGGUGCACAGCGGGUGUAAUAGCAGUGGUAGUGCUCAUCGCGGCAGUCUCGGACUCGCCCGGCGGGUCGGCGGGGGCGGCGACGGCUUGGUGCUGGCUGGAUGCGGUGUAUGCGGUGGGCUACGUGAAGCUGUGGAUCACGCUCAUCAAGUACACUCCCCAGGUGGUGGCCAACUUCCGCAACAAGAGCACGGCCGGCUGGAGCAUCUGGCAGAUCCUGCUCGACUUCUCGGGCGGCGUGCUGAGCAUCGCGCAGCUCAUUAUAGACAGCUCGCUACAGGGCGACUGGGGCGGCGUCACCGGGAACCCCGUCAAGUUCGCCCUCGGCAACGUGUCUAUGCUGUACGACCUUGUCUUCUUCACGCAGCACUACGUUCUGUACCGGGGCAACAGCGAAGGCGGUAAGAAUGGUGAGAGGGAGGCGCUGUUGGAGAAUGGGGAGACACAUGGGCGGUUAGACUGA